AUGUUAGUCCAACAGCGAAAAAAACGUGCAACUAAACGAUUACUUAAUAAAAAAGAAAGUCUACCUCGUGGUUCUCUUUCAAAAUUGAAGAAAAAACUAGGUGUAAAUUUAUCUAAUAAUUAUAAUCCACCAUCUAGUACACCAUCAACACUCCAGAAAGAUAUAGAAGAAUUUUUAUGUCAAGAUGAUGUUACUAAACAAGCACCUGAUAAGAAAAAACAAUUAUAUGGGAAAGAAAUUAGAUAUCUAUUGAAUCAUUUAUCGACUGUUCAUCAACGAUUUGUGAUCGAAGCUGGUAACAACUGUCAUUAUUCAACAUUCACUCGAUAUGUUCCUGGUUUUGUCGUAAAACCAAAUGUCAAUGACUGGGGUACAUGCCUGUGUGCGAUUUGCAUUAAUCCCCAGAUGAAGUUAGAAAGAUUACAAAAUCUCAAAUCUCGAUAUUCAAUUAUAAAAACGGUGCUUAUUGAUGGUUUAACAGAUAUAACAGAGCUGGUGACGAAUGAAAUCAAAACAAAAGAUUUCACAAGUAAUUUAGCAACACUCAAACAUGAACAAUUUAAUAUAACAUAUAGUGAAUGGAUAAAGAAGAAAAAUGAACAAUCAAAUGCACCCAUUUCAACAAAAACUACAAUUACUUCGUCUAUUUCAGAUUUUGAUUUAACGCACCAUAUUGACCGAGUGUGCCAACAAUUUCGAGCAGCAAAACAAGCAAGACAGAUGGCAAUCGAAGAAGAUAAUACCGUUACUAUACAUUUGGAUUGGUCUGAAAAUUUUAACUUGAAACACGCAAGUCAAGAGAAAGGUAAAUAA